AUGGACAAGGUUAUAAAAAGAAAGUGACAGGUUAUUGCCAUUUAUUGAUGGAUAUCUAAAACUGGUACUUAUAUACAGAGAAAAUAUGAAUGUACUUGAACAACAUUGUGCAGUAAUAUAGAUGAUUGUCCUAAUUUGUAUUAUUGUACAGAUUCACAGCCAGGGAUAAGUCAGUGCUGCGAGAACUGGGGAUAACUCACAUUCUAAAUGCUGCCUCUGGAAAAUACAGGAUCAACACUGGACCUGAAUUCUACAAAGACCUCCAUAUCGAUUACUAUGGGGUAGAAGCAGAUGAUGAUGCAAAUUUUGACUUGAGUGUCUAUUUCCACCCAGCUGCACAGUUCAUAAGAACAGGGCUGCAAUCUAACAAGGGUAAGAUUUGUCAUAAAAUGAUCUGUGACUUAGCUACGAACUUAUUAAGGAUUGCUGAGCACCAGUCUUUGGACAGCUGAAAAUAAUCUUUUUGUUUGUAGUCUUUUUCCUGUGUCUAUCAUUAUGUACUACUUGAACAAGAAUGGUGUGAAAUGUCCAUUCCUUGCACCAUAACCAUUACAGAAUGCUGUAGUUGUUAUGGUGCUUGGAAUGUUUCUUAAACUGGUGUGAAAUGAUAUCUUAAUUAGUUAUUCUUGUUCAAGUAGUGGAUUUGGGGUUUUCAUGAGCUGUAAGCCAUAAUCAUCGCAAUUAUGACAAAUCACGGCUUGAACUAUCUUGCUUUGCAUGUAAUGAGUCUAUCUCAUAUAUUAGUUUCCCCUUUUAUGUUGCAUUACUGAAAUAAAGUAACUUUUGCACGAUAUUCAAAUUUUUCGAGUAUCACCUGUACAAUAUGUAGCUAAAACACAAAUAUAAAAAAGUCCAAAUUCUACAUAUUAUAUUUGUGUUUUUGCUACACAUUGUAUUAUCUCUUGCUAUAGGAUUUUGGCGCAGCCCUUAUUUCUUCUUGUUUUUUAAUCAUUCUUUCUGUAUUUUAAAAGGGAUUUGAGGGAAUUUUAGGGUUUCUGCCCAUUUGUUAAUUAGCGCUUACUCUUUUCUCCUGUUGUAUGUAUAUAUAUAUAUAUAUACAUAUAUAUAUAUAUAUAUAUAUAACUGAUGAUGUACAUUGUGAGGUGGUAAGUACAUUUUAGGCCUGGCUGGUAGCUCAGGACAUUACAUUUUAAGCCUUGGUCUAACCUAAGUAUCUUUUUUUAAUUUUUUAUUUUUGUUGUGAAUAGGAAUUACAGCAGUGCUUGUGUAGCCACAGUAGCUUUCACAAGCGCGGUUUUCAUUGGAUGUAACAUAAACUCGCCUUGUGUCCAUGGAGCCUCCCAGACACGGUGGUUGGCUCAGGGGCCCGUGGGUUCUCCCUGUCCCGGGUGUCCCCACGGGUGUAUGGACGGCAUGGGGUAAACCCCUGAUGGGCUCACAGCCCAGAAGGAUGUCGGGUAGUCAGGACAGCAGCUUUGUAUGCCCUUUUGAUGGGAGAUGCUGGUUUGGGUUUUGAUUUGGGUUUACAGGCUUACUUCUGCUCUUGCGCUGGUAGGCCCAUGUUGCUCUGUUUGGGUUGUGGCUCGGCGGCCCUCUUGGUAGAGCCAUGCUUGUUGCUUUUAUGAUUCUUGCUUAUCUGUGGUGAGGCUGUCGGUUUCAUUUUGGCCUCCAGCUUGCACCAGAAAUUGUCGAAGAUUGCUUCUAGUCUUUGCUGGGUCCAAUGCUGUGGGUCUGUAGGCUCGGGGGAACGCGUGGCGUCCGCCAUGUUGGGUGCAGCGUCGUGUUGCAUACUUCCCCCUCUGCUCCCGUUCCAGUCUCAAUUUGUCUCUCAGGUGUGGACCACGAUCACCCCCGACGGUCCAGAGGGGGGAGUAACGGGGUUCCUGCUUGCGCUAUGUCAGCAUCUCGAGGCACCGGACCGGGGGAUCGGCCGCCUCUCCCGCUCUACGGUCGCCAGGCCUCAUGGCGCAAGUCGGUCUGCCAGCCGGCCUCAGAGUGAGUGCCCUUUCGUGAGUCAGGUGAGACUAUUUGGGUUGCCAUUUUUUAAGUUUCUAGGGCUGAAAAGUCGUAUUUCCUAUUUCCUGAGGAGCUCUGCAGUGGCACAUUUAUCUUCUGUGGUGGUCAGGCCCGCCGCCCUUUUGCCAAUAUUUUAAUGAUAAUAAAAUAAAAUAUGAAAUAAAUAUACCCACUUAUAAUUUCCAGAAUCUUCAAUUUCAAAUAUUACACAUGCAGCUGUUUGUAUCACAAUUGUGUCUCCAAUAAUGGUUUUGUUAAUACUAUGAAUUCAUUAUUUAUGUGAUGAAGAAGAGGUUAAGUAACGUAGGGAGUCAACUGCAUAUAUAAAGUCACGCACUGAAAACUGACCUGGGACUUCACCUGUCUGCAUAGAGACAUACUGUGUUUUGUUUCAUUCUGAUAUGCUAUUAAUAUUACCUAGUUUAAUAGCCAGUUGAAACAUGUUAAAUAAACAACAUGGUGUAUGGGGCACAGAGCCAAGAUCUGUUAAAUAAAAGUGACCUUGACAGAUAUGUCCCUGCAGAUCACUCUAUGCAGUAUGUAUAAGUUGUAACUGGGAACCAAUAAAAUUGCUACUUAAGAAAAAUCUGAAUUUCUGGCCAAAGAUGACUGCUAUGAAGUUUGGACCGUUAUGCCUGCGUAUGGUCAUUUGCAGGUUGAGCUGGGAAUUCUGGGAAAAUUAUGGAAACAUUAAAGAAAUACUUCACCCAAAGUUACCUUUUGCCCAAGACUCCACUUGAAAUAAGAAGAUGAUGCACAACAGUUAAUUUAUACCUAGUCUUUACUCCACUAUAGUGAAGAAAUUAAGGUGUUAAUUACAAUCUUUUCUUUUUUUAUAAUUAUCAAUAAUGGCGGAUGAUGAGCUAUUAUCAGUAUUGACACAAUCACAAUCUCAUCACUACAAUACCUUUCAACAACUCUUUUAUCCUUACUGAUUCAGUGUAAAGGGCCCUAUAUUUUUACAUUUUCUGUUUGUUUAGCUCAGUGGAGCUAAACUCAAGAGGAAGACAAAGACUUCUCAUUGUACUGCACCAGGAAGUCUGUGAUUGGACAGCCCUGGAGAAGAAGAGGAGGGCUUGCAAAUGAAGCAGACAAGGGAUCUGCAGCUUUUGCAAGAUGUUUUUAUAUAUACCUCUAAUCAAAAGAAAUGCAUGAUUAAAUGCAGGCACGUCUUCAUUGGGGUUAUCUACUACAAAGUUAUUUUUACUUCUUUAUUUGUAUUUGAGCAGAGGAGGGUCCCUUCAAGCAAUCACAAUCCUUCCAAAUAAACGUUACUAAUAAAUAAAAAAAAAUCUAACAUUUAAAGAAUUGAGUACCAACAAUCAUUUAGUAAUCAAUUUAAAAUCUGACAUGAAACCAAGAAUUAGAGGAUGUAUUUAUACUUUACCUAUAUCCCAGCAACAGUCACAUUAGAAGACUGUGGGGUGUUUUCUGUAUACUUAGCCUGUGUGUAGAGCGAGUGACAAUACAAUUAGCUCUUAAUAAGCUCCAUCAUGUUGUCUCUUCCUUAUCAUUACAGGGAAGGUGCUUGUGCACUGUGCAAUGGGGAUUAGCCGAGCUGCUUCCAUUGUCCUGGCUUUCCUAAUGAUAUCAGAGGGUCUUACUCUGGUCGAUGCUCUUAGAACUGUAGGUGAACACCGAGAUAUCUUCCCCAACCAUGGCUUCCUUGAACAACUUCGACAGCUCGAUAUUAAAUUGGAGAACAAGAAAGGAUCUCGGAUAUAAGACUUAAUAAUCAAACCGUGCCAACCAGCAACGGGAACUUUUUAUCCAAAACCAUGGACAAUUUGGCAGAAAAACACAUAAGAUUUGCUUCUUGAGUGUUAGACUGAAUUAAAAAGGGUCAAACAGCUAAUAUAUCAGUUUCACGUUUUUUGCAGACUUUAAAUGAUAACUACAUAAAAGCCGGCAUAUUUUUUCAGAGUGUCAGCAGUAAUAUUUUAAGAGCUAUGGAUGGUUUCUGAGGUUUGUCAAGUCUUGAAAUAUACACACACAUACAAUAACAAUAAAGAACUUUAUUGAAGAUUUUUUUUUAAAAUAAAUUCACCUCGUCAACACUGGUGAGUGCUCCAUGUUUUAUAUUUAAGAUUUGUUGUAUGUCUUCGGGUGGCACAUUAACCAAGUUACUUUGAAAUUGGAUAAAGAAGAGUAUCUGUAUUUUGUGCAGGAAAACAGACAUACAUGUACAGAUGGCACUUUCA